CUGUGGCUCGAGCGGACGUUUACUUCACGUUCGUCCAUAAUAAAACUGUCGGAGUACUUUUCCGCGAUAACAAAUACAAAAAAACGUAAACAAACAUUCUAAGUAAAAAUGCAGAGUGCUUCGGAUGUGAUCUCGUCGUUAUUUUGGUUUAAAGACGAGGAUAACGAUGAACAAAAAGACCCUGAUAUCAUAGAACAAUUUGUGCAAUACGUUGAAGAUUUUAGUUCUCAAUACGGAAGUGAAAUCAGUGUAUCUUAUACCGCUUUCAAUCUUCGCGGUCCACCGUCGAACUUUCCCGAUUAUGGCGACUAUCCACAAGCUUUUGUGAUGAGAACUUACGGCACCUGGUGGGAAGAAGCACCAUCAGCUCAGAAAGACUACAUGCCACAAAACAAUAGGAGCAUUCCGAGCCAGGAUUUUGUUGAAGUAUCGUUCGAGAAACCUGUAUACCCUGUUGAGGUGUCCGUGUUCGAGACAUACAAUCCCGGUGCAUUGGUUCGCAUCUGGGCCCAGGGUCCGUCCAUGUGGAUGCUGCUAUGGGAAGGUGAACCGGAGUAUGCUGGGGAUAGGCCGAGGAUUUUCAGUCCUCCGAUAAGACAGAUUGAUGUAUUAACAAGAGUGCUAAGACUGGAGUUCAACCACAAACUGCUCCCAUACUACACGGAACUAGAUGCCGUAUUGUUGAAAGGGAGAGAGCCUUGCAAGUUCCAAGUUAAGAACAAACUCAUGUGUCCGUCACUGUUGCACAAGAUAAAUGGGCCUGUCAUGGAGAGGGGUCAGCUGUUGCAUAAAAUAAUGGCGUCCAACCUGCACGAGUCGGUCAUGCCGCCCGCGGCGCUAGGGGCCAAGAUGCAGAUAGACACGGGGCCUCCGCCCGGAGACUUUGAACGGUUACCAGACGAGACGAUCCUCUGCGUGAUGAAGUAUCUAGACAUGCAAUCGUUGUGCCGCUGCGCGCAAGUCAACAGACAUUUCAACAGGCUAGCGUCUGACGCCAUCCUGUAUCGUAGCAUUGACCUUAGACCGUAUUGGCAUUGCGUGCAAUCUCAAGUACUGGUGACUCUUUCAAUGCGGUGCAAAUUCCUUCAGAAACUUGACCUGUCAUGGUGUGGAAGCCAUCUUAUGAUACUUCCCAACUACGUUGUAAACUUCCUCAAAGACAAUGGCGCCGAGUUAACACACUUAAGGAUGAAUUGCUGCAAGUUCGUUAACAACGCCGUGCUAAGAGCGAUCGUUGACACCUCUAUUUACCUUCAAGAGUUAUGCCUCCGUUCCGUAGUCGGCUGCUCAGACUGGCAGUGCCUCUCUUCACUCACAAAUCUGAAACGACUAGACCUGUACAGGACAGAUAUAACAACGACAGCUGCUGUGGCUAUAGUCGUGUCCAAUCCUGAACUGCAACACAUCAAUGUUGGCUCAUGCAAGAUGAUAUCAGCCAUGGACGAAGUAGCCAUAGCGCUAGGCAUGAACUGUCCCGAGCUGGUCUCCGCGGACUUUUGGAAGUCCUACUCGCUGACUCCUACCGGCAUCAGGGCGCUCGGCAACUGCAGGAAGCUGCAGGAACUUGACGUCGGAUGGUGUCUCCAAGCCGGCGGUUCCGGCGAAUGGCUAGCAUGGCUAAACGGCGGCGAACUCCGCAAGCUAUUCCUAGGCGCCUUACGUGGAGUGUGUGACAGAGACCUUAGGAACCUGCUGCCGAGAGUACCCAAGCUGACACAGCUGGACUUGCUGGGUGUUAGGGCUGUCACACCUGAUAUAUGUGGCGCGAUCUUAGCAGAAUGCCACGAGCUGAGACUGUUGGAUGUCAGUUUCUGUGAUCAAAUACAAGAAUCUCAGGUACUAGAAUGGCGUGAGCGCUACCCCCACGUCAGCAUAAAGCGGUCCUUCCAGUCCGCCACAUUGACCGCCACACCAAACCCUCUGUUCCUGGCCCCGAGCCUGGAAUGAUGCUGCACCGUAUGCCCGAUGUUCGUGCUGAUGAAGAAGAUAGGAAUCUAUUCAUUUCUAUGUAGGUGUUGCAGGUAA